AUGGCCGACGAAAUUCUUCAGUCCAUGGGGUUCGACGCAUCCGAUGCGCUACGAACCCUUGACUUACUGGAUAAGAAUUUUGCCACUUUCCAGAAUCGAUUGAACUCCGUUGCGCAGAGCAUGCGGGGUUUCAAUGCGAAUGCUGGGAAGACUACGGCGGCGUUGAUUCAGAUUCGUAAUAACGCCACCUCCACCGUGGAUGCACUGAGCCGUCUUUCGGCGCAGCCGAUCACACUCGGCGGACGUGUUGACGGGCAGGACUUGCUUCGUGGUGCUGAUGCCGCUGCGAAGAUGAAUGAACUGCUGGGGCAGACCACCAAUCAAGCGGGCCAAGCCGCCAACGCCAUCAAUAAUGUUGGCAGCCAAUCCACCAAGAGUCUCAACAGCGCUCGACGCUCCGUCAACAGUUUCGCCAUUAGCUGGGAAACGUUGACCCGGAUCGUGACCACGCAGAUUCUGGUCCGAUCGUUCAGCCAACUUUCGAAUCAGGUUCGUGCGUCGUUCCAGGAUAACCUGGAGUUCACCCAGUCUCUGGCGGAAAUCCAGACGUUGGCCCGCGACCAGUCGAUCGCCAGCCUUGGUGGUCAGGUCCGUGAACUCUCAGAUUCUUUCAACUUCGAACUUCUGGACGCAGCCAACGCCAAGUUCGAGAUCAUGCAGAAUGGUUUCGAGCAGACGGCCGAGCAAGCGGAAGUCUUCUCUGCCUCGGCUGCCUUCGCGAAGACGGCCGUAGCCGAUCUGGCCACGUCGGUGGAUGUGAUCACCGGUACGCUCAACGCCAUGGGCGAGGGUGCGGACCAGGCAGAAAUCGUGGCUGCCAAGCUGUUUCGUACGGUGGACCAAGGUAAGGUCGUCGGAACUGAACUGGCUCGCGUGUUGGGUCGUAUUACGCCGGCCGCCCAGGAACUGGGCAUCACGCUCGACGAAGAACUGGCAGCCCUCUCCACCAUCACCAUCGCCGGUGUCGGUGCCUCGGAAGCGAUCACGCAAAUCCGCGGUACGAUGAUCGCGCUGCAAAAACCGUCGGAGGCACUCUCCGCUGCGAUCCGUGAGUUGGGCUUCGAGACCAGCGAACAAUUGAUCGCCGCUCGCGGUUAUGUGGGUGCAUUACGGGCCGUGAUUGGUACCACCGAUGGCACCCAAACCGCCAUUGCUCGGUUGUUCCCACGGGUCCGUGGCUUGAAUGCUGCGAUUCGUUUGACGGGCGAAGGCUUCGAUGUGUUCAACGAACACCUGGAGCGAACCCAGAACACGAGCCUGGCCGAGUUCGGUGAUAUCUUUGAGACCCGCAUCGACACCCAAUCGGAGCGGGUGCAGAAGUCGUUGCAACAACUCAGCAAUUUCUUCACCGUGGAGCUAGGCGGAAGCCUGGUGGGGGCCACGGACAAGGCUCUUCAGUUUGUCGGGGGCGUGGAUUCCGUCAUUGACGGAAUGCGGGCGCUGGUCCCAGUGGUUACCACGGGGGCGGUGGUGGUUGGUUCCUUUGGUGUUGCCAUGGGGACGGUGACCACCGCGAGUAGAUUGGCUGCGUUCAAUCUGCAAAAGCAGGUCCCUACGGUACUGAAUCUUACAAACGCCCUAUUUGGUGUGCAGAACGGCGCUAAGGCGGCUGCUAUCGGACUGUCUGCACUUCAAGGUGCAGCAACCGGCCUGUUCAUAGGUGUGGCUACGGUUGAGUUCCUCAAAUUCACCAGGGAAAGGAUUGACUCUGAACUAGAUGCCGCCGUUGAGGCAUACACCAAGGGCCGGCUUGAGAUCGUCAAGCGGAAUGCUUCGACCCGUGCCGAGAUUACCGCACAGGAAGAGAAAGCGUCCAGCGACGUCAUUCGACUGCUGGAAGAUCAGAUUGCCUCCAAGCGGCGAAUUUACAACCAGGAUGUCGAUAACGCGCGGGAUGCCAAUCAGCUUCUGCUGACUGACUACCGCAGUGUCUUGGAUCGCAUCACCGGUGUGUUCGAGGAUCACGCCCAAACGCAGGAACGGCGAGCCAAGCAACUGGCUGACGCUGUUUCCAAUUCGCAACAGCGGCAAGUCGAUGCGGUUACGGAACUGGCAGAUCGUAGGUUCGAGUUCCAAACCAGUCGCCUGGACGAUGGUCAGCGGUUCAUCGCUUUGGAGAACCGGGCAGUCCAGUUGGCCAAGCAGGCUGCAAGGGCACUUUCCCAGGCGGAAACCCCGGAUGCUGCGGGCAUUGCACUCGAUACCUUCCGUCGCGCACAAGCGGCGGCCGAUCAAGCCCUGUCGAUUGCGAAUCAGGCGGACAAUGCCAACCUGCGACUGGCGGCCGAGCGUCGGAUCGAAUUCGUUCUUCAGCAGCAGAUUAAGGCCGAGCAACAACUUCAAUUGCUGGCCGAUCGUCAGCGUCAACAGGCGGAAGCCUCGGCCGCGGCCACCCAGGAACGGGUGAAGAAUCUGAAUGCGGCGGCCAAGCAAUUCUUAGCCGCCAGCAAGCUAUUCGACGAGUCGGGUGAUCCGCUCAGCGUGGAAGAGCUUCGACAGAAUCGGCGGGCGGCGAAUGAAGCCCUCCAGGACUUCUUCGAUUUAACCAUCGCAGGCGGUCAGCAGAUUCAAGCCUCGGACUUGAUCGCCUUCGACGAUUUCAACAGCAAGCUGACUAGCUCGGUCACGCAAGCUGAGAUUCGUCAACUGACGGUAGCCCCACAGACGCUGGACAAUCUGCGAUCACAGAUCGAAGGCUCGGUUGCGGAUAUCGAGGUGCUGCUGAAUCUUUCUAUUGAUCAGACGGCGGUUCGACAAGCGGUCGAGGAACAGGGACUCAACGAGGGCCUACGUGUUCUCUCAGGUCAAUUGCAGGUUGCCCAGGCUGAGUACGCUCAGCUUCUGCGUCAGCAAGACCAGGUUGCCACGAUCAAUGAAACGAUCUUUGAACUAGCAGGCAAAAAUGGUCGAGUCCUGGCGGCCACGAUCAGCAGCGCCACCGACGAUAUUAUCGGUUCUGGCAAUGCGAUCGAGCGGUUCCGUGUGAUUGCGGAGACGGGACUAUUCGGUGGGACGGGUGAGCGAGUUCCCGAACAGCUAAGGAACUUUGCUCAAGGCGUGGUGAGCCUGUCGGAUCGGAUUGUUCAGGCGGGUACGGAUGCCAGCUUUGCCUCGGAAGAGUUCAAUGCCUUAGUCUCGGAUGCGAAUGCGAUUUUCAGGGAUCGUCCGGCUGGGAGCGCCUUAUUAAGUACGAUACUCCCGUUCGGAGAUAUGGCGGAUGUCGAAUCUGGAAUCCAGAAUGCUCUGGACUUAUUGCAACAGAUUGCUGAAUCAAGAAGCCAACUGGAAUCCCAGUUUCCGGAACGGGGCUCAUUCGAGCAGCGAUCUAUUGAGCUUCGGCAGCGAAUUGAGUCCAUCCGUCAGGGAUUGAUUGAUGCUCAGUCGGCCUCGCAACAAACCUCGACUAAUGCUGCGAGUGUUCAAGGGUCUCUGAGUCAGACCGUCGAUCCGACGCAGACCAUUCGUCAGAACCUACUUGAUUCUGCCGACGCCUUGGAGCGUAUGCAGCGGGCGGCCGUGGCCCUGACUCUCCCGGGUUCAUCCCAGGUUCAGCGAGCGGCCACCGGCGGUGUGAUGCGGUACUUCGACAGUGGUGGAUUCGUUCCGCGGGGUACCGACACGAUCCCGGCGAUGCUUUCUCCGAAUGAGCAAGUCAUCAAUGCCACCAGCAGCCGGAAGUUCUUUUCACAACUCCAAGCGAUCAACGCCGGUAUCCAACCGGUGUAUCGCAAUGAAGGCGGGUCCGUCACCAACGUGGGUGAUGUGAAUAUCACCGUCAAUGAAUCUUCUAGCCCUCAAGCAACCGGUCGCGAAGUGAUGAAGAUCAUCAAUCGCCAGUUGCGCAAGUUCAAGGUCGAGCACUGGUUCAAGGGUGUUAAGAUCAGUGAGCAUGAGUUCCCCAAUGGCAUCACCAAUGAAGGUAAGGAUGCCAUGCUGGACGCCAUGUUCAACAGCGGAAGUCAGUACACCUUCUACAUGGGUCUGAUUGACAACAGUCCGUCCCCCACCUUGGCCGCGGCCGACACCUACGACGGUAUCGGCGACACCAAUGGCUGGACGGAGUUCACUGACUACACCGACGGGAACAAUGGCGAUAACGCCGGUACCCGCCCCGAGUGGCAGUCGGACGCAGCUUCAGGCCAAGCCGUGACCAACAGCACGCUCGCCAUCUUCGACAUCACCGAUACGGGUACGGUCCACGGCCUGUUUAUUGCAGGCGGUGCGAAUGCCCAAACCAAGAGUGACUCGACUUCUUCGGGUAACGUCUUGUGGGCAACCGCCCCCUUCGCAACCGGUAACGAAGCGGUCUCCAACGGCAGCCAACUCAAGAUUCAAGGGCACAACGCAGUCCCGGAUGCUUCCAAAGACUUCAUCCUGAAUUGCUUCUUCAACGGCGGUACCCAGUAUUCGAACUGGUAUGUCGGCGCUGACCAAGGGUCAGGCGUCGGUACAUUUGAUGUGCUGACCUACGAAACCCUUGAGUCCUACUUCAACUUCGACGAAUUGUUGAGCUACACCGAUACGAAUAACAGUGGGAAUGCGACAACGCGACCACUGUGGAACAACGGAGCCCCCUCGGGUGAAUCGAUCAGUUCCAGUUCACCAUCGGUGUUUACGAUUACAGAAGACGACGUUGACUUUGGUCGAUUCUUUCUUUGUGCCGGACCCGACGCUCAGACCAAGGGCGACUACUCAUCCGGCAACAUCCUGUGGAACAUCGGAGGCUUAUUUGGUGGUCCCGUGUUCAACGCCCAAACCGCCGGGUGGUUGUCGUCAGACGAUCGCCCGGCCUCUUUUGGAUUACCUAUGGCUACUUUCAAUAAGACUGCCACUGAAUCUGGCUUCAUUCCAACCCAGAGCAAUGAAGUCACGGUCCCUGAUAUUCGGAACGUGUCUGCAACGCAUACGGUUUCGUUGUCAGAUGACGCUGGUCUCGUCAUUACGGCGAGUAGCUCAAUCAGCCUGGGGCAUAGUAACUCAGUGGAAGUGACUUAUGUCGCUUCCAAUACACUGUCGCUUGACCACACUGUGGAAGUUACCAAAGUGGUGACGCUUUCAGGGUCGAGCAGCAUUAUUGUCGGUCAAUCUGUAGGCCAGACUGAAGAAGUUGGCGCGACCCACAGCAUUCAGACGAUUACCGAGGAACUGGACGACGAUAACCAGAUUGUCGAAGUAAUCAGCGGUCUCGAUGGCACGGCGACGGUCAUCAAGACGUCUACCUACCCUGUGACUCAGAUUGUGAGUCUUGGGCAGGUGGCAGUGGCGACCCAUAUCCGCGCGGAUGCGAUCGCUCUAACUGCCGACAAUACGAUUGCCCUGAGUCAGUCGGCAAACUUGGGUGUGGCCUUAUCGGCUAGUAGUAGCCUGAACCUGUCGCACCAAGCAGUAGGCCACUUGACGAAGUCAGUGAGCCAAAGCCUGGGACUUAGCCAAACGGCUGAGGUGGUUUCGGUCAACAGCCCUGAGGCCGACCAGACGAUCCCCCUCUCGCAAUCUGUGGCGUUCAUCUUGGUCCCGCCCGCGGUCAUUAACGACCCCGAGGCUCCCGACCCGAGGCUGUGUGAGUACAGCCCAUUUGUCAGUGGCGGACCGGUCCCUACGGAAUUGGAAGGCCCGGCCGACGGGGUAACGGCUCGCUUCGCUUUGAUCUAUCCGGCCGAAGGGACGGCCACCGAUACGAUCGAGAUGCGUCCGCCUAACCUGGGAAACAAAGAUCGAUUGGCCUUCGAUCGGAUCAACCGGGAGAGUCGUGGCGGAACGUUGAUUGUUUUCGCCGAUCCGAUCUGGCCUAAGUCGCAAACGAUGGUGCUCAACUUCUCAGCACUCCAUCGUGAAGAAGCCAUGGACCUGAUGAGGUUCAUGCAGGAUCACUUGGGUGAGGAAAUCAAACUCACCGAUUGGGAACAGCGAGUUUGGCGAGGUGUGAUCACCACACCGGAUUCUCCGAUCAUUGCCGAUCGGCGUGACAGCUACUCAGCCAGCUUCGAAUUUGAUGGGGUGCUCGCGUGA